AUGGAUCCACCCAGCGUGCCGUCGUCGCCGCAGGCACCACCGGAGAUAACCCCGCCCGGCAUGAGCCACUCUUUCCGCACGGAGGCCUUCAUUACCCUUGAGAUGGCGCAGGCCGUCACGAUCAAUCGGGAAAAACUCUCGGAAUGGCACCACAAGAUACGCUCAAGGCUCUUUUCGCUGGUCUCGGGGUUUUUUGUUCGUUGCCGUGUGGAGGACUCUACCGACGGCAGGGCGCUUUACAAAGUUGGCCGUAUCAAGACACUGAAGCCGGAUUGGUCCGUUGAACUUGACCUCAUCACGACGGAAGAAAUACUCUCUGGCCGAAGCCACACAAACUACGACUGCAUCAGCAAUGCGAAGAUCACCCCCACGGAGUUUAACAGCUUUAUUUCUAAGGUUCCCCCGGAACUUUUGCCAAACAUAUUUAAUACGGUCUUUAAGAUGGAAGAACGACUAAGGAUGCUGGAGAGUGUCAUAUUGGUGGAACCCGCAUUCCAUGGGAAGCGACGGGAUGACAAGCGCACCCAAGAGGGCUCUCAAGUUGGAGGUGGUGUGGCAAAUUUACCGGAAAAGUACGUCUUUUCACAGAAUGUGCUUCUCUGUGAGGAUGACUUUGUGAACCUCCCACAAACCGUCACAAUUGUGGAUUUGCUGCAGAACGCUGUGGGUCAAAAAGGGGUGGCUGAGCCGGACACGCCGCGGGCUGGUGUAGCACCUGGUUCAGGGAAUAAACCCCGGGCAUUCGAUGAGGCUGUUGCCAGUCACAGUACGAUGCUUCAGUUGCAGGACAUGCGAAAUUACAUGAACUCCCCCACUCAGCCGCCUGUAGAUGCGGCUCGUCUCAUUGAGACGAUACGUCGUGCUGCAAACCCCACCCAUAAUGGAUUUUCAUAUGAAAACCUUCCCGAAUUCUGUAAACUUGUCAUUUCUGUAUGUAGUCAAUGCCGUGAGGUGGUGGCAAAGGAACCCCUUUUCGUUCGCCUCAAAUCCCCCAUUACAGUAUUUGGUGAUAUUCAUGGCAACUUUGCCGAUAUGGCUUACUUCUUGGAGAAGGUGGUGGGCUUCGACGAUAUUAUGCUCAAGUACACCACGACACAUCUUCUGUUCCUUGGCGACUAUGUGGAUCGAGGAGCCUUUUCCCUAGAAUGUGUCAUGUAUCUUCUGGCUUUGAAGGUCAUCAAUCCAUCGAAGGUGACGCUUCUGCGCGGUAAUCAUGAGUCACCGGAGGUAAAUGGGGACAUGGAUGUAUACGGCUACAGCUCCUUUAAAUAUCAAUGCCUUGACAAGUUUGGUCGGGAACGAGGCAUUGAUGUUUGGGUUGCCGUCAAUGAGGUGUUCCAGUUCCUUCCCGUUAUUGCUGAUAUUGACAAGAAAAUCUUUUGUGUUCACGGUGGGCUUCCACAGUACACGGGCGGGGAAGAUAAGCGGCUGGAGAUUCUCUCCGACCCCUCCUUUCCCCGAGUCCCUGUAGUGCAGUGUACGGACCCGACAAACGUCGCACAGCGCAUGAUGGUGAAUGACUUGUUGUGGUCCGACCCCGCCCCACCAAACCAUCAACUCGAUAAAUACGGCUUUGGUCCGAACCCGCGUGGGCCUGAUAUUAAAACAUUUGGUUCUCGCGCCGUUGACAUGUUCUGUGAGCGCUACAACUAUCAAUACAUCUUUCGUGCCCACCAGGAGAAGGCGGAUGGUCUGCGAUUGUCCGACAAUGCCCGUGUUGUGACGAUCUUCUCCACCUCCGACUACGCCGGGCAUCAAAACGGUGCAGGCUGCAUAUUAGUGGCCAACGGAAAAAUGCGCAUGGCCAUUAAGAAGCCGCAGCGGCAGGAGUCGAAGGAAGUUAAGGGCCCUGUUUCCCCACGUACACUGGGAAAGAGCGUCCCUGGAUUUGUACCGCGUCUCAAGCGCCUGUAG